UUAAAAUUAUAUAGGCUAUAAUUUUACUAUUUUAUUAUUUACUUCAGUGUGGUUCGAAGUUCGAAAAUACCUAGACAGAUUUCACGUUACACAAUUAAAUUAGAGAAAAAAGAAGAUUUUUUUUAUAAUACUGCAUACCAAUAAUGUCUAAUUCAAAUAACACGACGUACAUAGUAGACCUUCGUUCAGAUACAGUGACGAAACCUACGAAGGCUAUGAAGCAUGCAAUGGUUAAUUCAGCUCUUGGUGAUGAUGUCUACGGAGAGGAUCCGACUGUGAAUGCUUUAGAGAGUAAAGUAGCAACGCUAUUAGGUAAACAAGCAGCUCUCUUCGUCCCAUCUGGUACCAUGGCCAAUCUUAUAGCAGUAAUGGUGCAUUGCAAUAAAAGAGGAUCAGAGGCAUUUGCUGGUCAUUUAUCUCACAUCUACAAGUAUGAGCAAGGUGGUGCAUCACAUCUAGGCGGUGUACUUCUGAGCACACUGCAGAAUAAACCAGACGGGACUUUCGAGAUUUCUGAAUUGAAGAGACGUUUAAGAGGCAGUGACUUACAUGAGCCAAUUAGUUCAAUGAUUGCAAUUGAAAACACACACAAUGUGUGCGGUGGGAAGGUGCUGCCGCAAGAAUGGGUGGAUGAAUUAGGAGACUUCUGCACAGAUCAUGGGUUAGCUCUGCAUAUGGAUGGUGCGCGACUGUUAGACGCGGCUGCGUACUCUGAAUGUCCAGCAGCGCGUCUGGUGCGCCCUUGUCACUCCAUCUCCAUUUGCUUCAGUAAAGGCCUCAGUGCACCGGUCGGGUCAGCGUUGGCUGGCUCUUAUCAUUUCAUUGAACAGGCUCGGCGCGUGCGCAAGAUGUUGGGUGGGGGAAUGCGGCAGGCGGGGGUGCUGGCGGCUGCUGCAGUAGUAGCACUGGACGAGGUGGCGCCCCAGCUGCACUACUCGCACAAGCGAGCGCGCGUCCUCGCCACCACCAUCCAGGGUCUGUUCCUGCCGACGUUCUCCGUGGACGUGGCAGGUCUGCACACCAACAUUGUGCUGGUGCGACUUGCAGCUCGCAGCCCGCUGUCAGCUGACAUUGUGCUGCAGCGUCUCGCACAGGUCUGCCUCGCUGAAACACAGGGUGACUGCAAGACCCCCAAUGACGAGGGUGUGAUAGUAAAGGCGGUGUGCUUUGACUCAAAGACUAUCAGGUUCACGCUGCACCACGACAUCAACGACGAGGACCUUUGGCUGACCAUCAUGAAGAUCAUCUAUGUCUUCAAGGAACUUGAUGCAGCAAAUCCUUUUAAGGCAAAUGAUAAAGAAUAAAUAUUACAAAGUGAUAAUAUAUUAACAUAACAUCCAUACUGCCGUAAUACACACACAUCUAACGCCUGUAACCCAGAGAGGUAGGCAGAGAU